AUGAACAAAAUCUCAGAACUUUGUAUCAAUAACACCAACAUUCCAUUCAUACCAAAUAAUUGUAUUAACAAACUGAAAACUUUGAAAAAAAUUUCAUUGCAGUUUAAUCAAAUUGAACAUAUCCAAAAGGGUUUGUUUGAUGGGAUGAAAAGUCUUGAAGAAAUAUUUUUGAGCAACAACAAGAUAAACUCUGUUGACGUGGAUGUGUUUUCAAACCAAACAGACCUUCCAUCGUUGCAUACUCACAAUUUAAUCGAUUCAAUUGAAGAUAGAUUUUAUUUGAACAACACAGCCGUCUUAGAUCUUAGUCAUAAUGGAAUAAGAAAACUCGAUUCACACAUUAUAAACUCUCUUAAAGUUCUGAAAGAAUUAUAUUUGCAUUCAAAUCUUUUGACUACUCUACCGAACGAUUUUUUGAUCCGCACAAGCGGUCCGCACCAACUGAAGGUUAUAAGUUUACACAACAACUCUUGGGAUUGCUCAUGUGAAAAUAAAUGGCUGAAGUCGUGGAUG